AUGGCUUUUCUUUUUCCCAGGCCCGGUGCUGUGACAUCUGUUCACACCCAGCUGCUCCAUCAGACGCCGGCGGCUGACGACCGUGCUGACAGCUCUGUCCAAGUCCAGCAAAAGAGCUCAGCUGUUGUCCAGAAAAAAUCCUACGUCCCCACUAGCAAGGGCGAAUAUAUUGUCACCAAACUCGAUGACCUGAUCAACUGGGCGCGAAGGAGCUCCUUAUGGCCCAUGACGUUUGGCCUGGCGUGCUGCGCCGUGGAGAUGAUGCACAUGGCGGCUCCUCGCUACGACAUGGACCGCUUCGGGGUGGUGUUUCGAGCUAGUCCCCGGCAAGCUGAUGUCAUGAUUGUGGCCGGCACCCUGACGAACAAAAUGGCUCCGGCUCUUCGAAAGGUGUACGACCAGAUGCCGGAGCCUCGCUAUGUGGUCUCCAUGGGGAGCUGUGCCAACGGCGGGGGUUACUACCACUACUCCUACUCCGUGGUGAGGGGCUGCGACCGCAUUGUGCCGGUGGACAUCUACGUGCCAGGUUGCCCACCUACUGCUGAAGCUUUGCUGUAUGGAAUCCUGCAGCUUCAGAAGAAAAUCAAACGGGAGAAGAAGAUUCAGAUUUGGUACAGGAAAUAGCCUCGUAUUUAUGACCUGCCCACUUGGGGCACCUGCUUGCAUUCGUACGCACAAUAAAUCUGUAUUCUCACAAGCCUUCCAAUAAAACUCUACCUGGUU